UCGGAUUCUGACAUCACCAAUUGCUCCAGAAGGAGGCGGCGGCCAAGGGCAGCCCUUCAAAACAAGCUGCACUUUCCGCCGCCUCGGCCAGCCCUGUGAAGAAAAGCCCAGCCAGCCUCAGUGGCUAACAACCCCAGCCGCAUUCUCUUCCUCUGAAGCAACCCUUCCCUCGCAAGGAUGUUGAUUCUCCUCGCCUUCAUCAUUGUCUUCCACAUCAGCUCAGCUGCCCUUCUGUUCAUCGCCACGAUUGAUAGCGCAUGGUGGGUCGGGGAGGACUUCUCCACGGAUGUCUGGCAUCGCUGCCUCAAUGGCACAAACUGUACAGCCCUGGAUGAGACCUUCCCAGACUACCAGUCUAUCCAGGCAAUUCAGGCGACGAUGAUCCUCUCCACCAUCCUCUGCUGUGUGGCCUUUUUUGUUUUCAUCCUCCAGCUGUUCCGCCUAAAGCAAGGCGAGAGAUUCGUCUUAACAUCCAUCAUCCAGCUGUUAUCCUGUCUGUGCGUGAUGAUCGCCGCGUCCAUUUACACAGACCGCCACGAGGAGUUUCACGUGGGUCAGCAGUACGACUUUUUCCAGGUGUCCAGCGGGCAGUAUGGCUACUCCUACGUCCUGGCGUGGGUCGCCUUCUCUUUCACGCUGCUCAGUGGGAUCAUGUACCUAAUACUAAGGAAGCGUAAAUAAAACCGCGGCGGAUAGUUGAAGGGGGAAGAGAGAGAAAAGGAAACGGGCUUGUCCGUUUUGCAGUACUGGGAGUCCAGUAACUAUUUUGUAUAUAGCAGAAGAGCGGUUUUUGUAGUAAGGAAAAGUUAUUGCCUAUGGGUUUUUUUUGUCCUGCCACCACCCCCUUCCUCCUCCUUCUCCCUGCUUGGUGUUGAAACAAGGACUAUGGGAGAAAAAAAAAUGCAGGUGAACUGGAACAGCUAACCCUCCCCCCCCCCCGGCGUUGGUGGGGUACCUUAAAGGCAACCCAUGCCUAUGGUAGUCUCCCCAAAGCCACUGAUUGUACCUAUUCUUGUGUUGUUUCCUUUUCUUGCACAGCUUUCAAAACAGGUAAUGUUACUAGGCAUUAACAAAAAAGCAACACCUCCCCCCCCCCAAGCUGGUUAUGGCUCUGCAGGACAGAUGUGAAAAGCUGGCAGAGCACAGUAAACAUUGCACUUUCGCUAGCAACAUGUGCUCAACUGGACGUCUGGGAUUCUCUUGAGAAAUAGGGACCGGGGGGGGGGGGGCGGCAGAAUCUAGACCGCCCUUGACCACAGAAUAAUUCUGCAGGAUAAUCCUGCCGUCGGUAGUUCCUCCAGUGAUUGAAUGCCACCCUAGGAGGUACUUUCUAAAAAGCAAUCGUUUGGUGUGAUGCUGGCAAGCUCAACUCUAUGGUUCUGGGCUGAUCUCAAGGGUGCAUUUGGUCUGGCGCAGUGUCCGUGUGGUUACUGGGCAUGUUGGGGGGGUGCAGAGGGGCGCAGCCUGCUCUAAAUCCAGCUUGGACACAUCUGCCCAUGCCACGCUUCAAAAUAAUUCCAGCUGGGAGUGUCUUAAGUUAUCGCCGCGGAAUAUAGUGUUCUGCUGCGAUAGGUGUGUAGUGAAGACCCCCGGAAGGUUCAGAGAACAUUACUUGUCUAAGGCUGAAACAAUUGCUUUGGGACAGAUCCUCUUCCUGCUGAACCAUGUAUCCAGAGCUACCUCAAGAAGUCGCAAAGAUGUUCACUGCCUUGAUCGACACCCAGAGAGGCACUCUGCCAAGCCCACCACCUCUCAGCCGUGCCUUAAUAUUUACUAUUUCCCUGCGUUUUGGAAGAAUUUAAAUGGAAAGGCGCUCUCUGUCUUUGAGAAGGCACUCAAUCGCUCUGCUCAAAAGGGAUCCUAGGUUAGCAGGGCUGUGGAAGGGCCUUUUCCUUGCGUGGAUCAUGCAGAGCUGUCAGCAUAGUUGCCGUCAGAAAACAAAUAACAUAGCCAAGUUGUUGGGGGCUUGGCAAAAAUCAUUUGGCGGACCAGUUACAGCCCUUAGGAUUGCCAUCCCCGCUGUAGGCAAUAUUAGGCUUAGGCAGACCAAACAUUCUGACCCAGCUUGACGUCUUUUAGCAGGAAAAUGUCAGUGCUAAAGCACAGCUUCCCUACUUUGAGGUAAAUAUAGCAGGCAGGAAGACUCAAUUUUUAUUUUUACAGCCAGGAAAGAGCCACCCAACACUACUGCAUUAUUCCAGAAGAGUUUGGGAUUCCUUAUUGCCCCAAAUCACAGCUUCAACUAACCAACCAACGAGCCAGUAUUUAGCUAUCUGGCAUAUUUGUUGGCAAAUAUAGCAGGUCUUUCCAAUCUCAGUCUGACAAAUUUACCUACUAACAAGUCACCUGGUUUUCAAAACCCCAGGGGUUAUUAUUAGCAGGUGCAGAAACCUAGAAUAACCUCAGGCUGCUCUUAAGUAUCCCAUAUUUCACCCAGGAGCCUUGUUCGUAUAGCUACAAAUGCCUGACCUCCUUAACAACAACAAAGAUGGCUUUAUAGGGCAUUAAGAUAUUAAUGGAAAAGGACGACCCAUCGAUCACUAAGGUUGCAAAAUCAGUCUCUCUGUUCCUAUUCAAGUCAACAGGGACUUUCUUCUGAGUAAGCACGCUUAGGAUUUCUGUCUGCAGGGCCAUCAGCUGAUCUGCAUCCUCUUACUUGAACAUCAGCUGCCUUUGGAAUUUUCAUGCCAUCCAGUUUGGUAAAUUAAAUGUGCGUGUAGCUCAUUUGAUCUCUCAAUACGAAGGACCUUUUUGAGAUUUCGGAGAAUGCAAGAAUGCAGCUAUUUAACAGACAACCAUUGUGAGCUGUGUGGAAGGGCAUUUUGUGUGUGUUAAGUAUGUUUUCUUUUGCAUCUUCGUAUGGCCACUUCCCCCCUGUAAUCCCUCUUUCAUCUCUCAAAAUGGUGCUCCGGAAAAACUGUCCUUACUAUCGGCAUUUUUAAAAGGUAUCCCCCAACUUGAAAUGUUAGCAUAAACCUGGGGGGGGGGAUGGGAGUGUUUUAGACCCUGCAAACCAAAAUAUUUGGCCAAAUGGAUAAACUGGUGACAACUCAUCUUAAGUAAAUCAGGCCAAGUUAAUGAUCCCAGCUCCUCCCAGAAUCACUUUUAUGCUCCUGUAUGGAACAUAGAACCAUGCUUUUUGUGUGCCUGUAGUGACAUCUUUUGACUGGCUGGCUGGGGAGUGAAGUGAUGGUGUAGAGAGAGAAACCUUGUGACUUUUGCAUGGUUGGGGUAGAUCCUACUGUGCAAAGAGAACCAGAUCUGUUACUCCGCCCACCAUCGGCAUAAAGCCACUGAAAUGUUGCUCACACACUGUUGCUGUUUCAUCCCCCUCCCUUGCACCAGUGUUUCUUCCCUCUCCGCUCGAUUCCAGAUUUAUUGCACCCUAUUCCUGCACCACCCUCCCAAAUCCCCAGACAUUCCGCAUGCAAGAAUCUGCGUCACCAUUUAUUCUCUGUUCAAAAGAAUGAACUAGUCUGGCCAGGUGUGUUUUUUAUAUAGAUAGAAUUUGUAUUUAUGUAAAAAAAAAAGAAGUACCUGUACAUACAUAGACAACAUUAUGCCAAUUACAUUUUCUGACCACUUUAAUAGAAAUUUAUACUGCAAGUCAUAAUAUAACCAGAGAAUACAAAAAAUCCCAAUUCUGACAAUACCAUUAUUGCCUUUGCAACUUGCCUGGGAAUAACAGGCACUCCUUUGUACGUUAGUACUACCAUUUUUCAAGUUCUGGGGGUGGGGGAGAAAUCAAAAAAUGUUUAGCGGAGGACAGUGAUUGUCAAGACUGCUCGCUUAGCUCUACCGACUGUGCCUCAGUUUUGUAUUCUAUAUACCACCUGUGUACACGGAAAUAAAAGUUACCACCAGUAUUGUGCCGA